GUGAGGUUACUUCCGUUAUUUACUUGUCUCGGUUCCAAAGUCCUGGAGAAUGUUUAUUUAAAAUAGUUUAAAUUAGCCCGUGUACGCCUUUGGAGAAUAUGCGUAAAGGACGUUGAAGCAGCUUUGGAGUGAAUCCGUAAGACAUCAUUUAUACGCGUCAGAUCUGAAGAUUGGUGUUCGCUUACUAGCUAGAUGGUUAGCAAGCUAAACUACUGUGCUAAGAACGAAGCUUUUGCUAGCUAGCGUCUUUCGUGUUGGGAUUUUUGAAGAUCGGUGUCUAGGUUUUGACCGUUUUAGAAGUAGUAGUUUUGUAUUGAGGAUUUGAAAUGAAUAUUUUACCCAAGAAGAGUUGGCAUGUGCGCAAUAAGGACAACAUUGCGCGCGUGCGUCGAGACGAAGCUCUUGCAGCCGAGGAGGCAAGCGAAAUUCAGCGGCGCGUGGAGCGCGCGGAGCAAGAGGCUCGGACAGAUUAUUUGAGGAAGAAGUCCCGCACGGCCCUCGAGCAGAAAGGGGGAUGGUGUCUGGAAGGAGAACAGAGUAGAGGCUCGGAGGAGAUUGAACAUCUGAAUCUGUUUCCUUUGGAGGAGGCCUCAGAAAAGAAAGGCAAUGCAGAGUAUGCCAAAGAGAAGCAAGAAGAGAAGGAAAAACAAGAGCGUGCCAUUGGCCUGUUAGUGUCUCUUGGCCCUGCCCCCGGUACGGAAGCCACGCCCUGGUAUCUGAAAGAUCGACGGGAGAGAGAAAAGGAGAAAGAGGAUGAGAGAGACAGGAAGGAGAAGGGCAAAAGAAAGAGCAUGACUGAGGAGGAGAAGGAGAAGAAAGACCGUAAACUGAAGGAGAGGCUUGACCCCCUGAUGGAUAUGAGAAAAGCCUUGGCAGUGAAAGAUGGAAAGGAGAAAAAACACAAGAAGAAGGAAAAAAGAGAUGGACCCAAAAAGAAGACAGGAGAAAGCUCGAUGGAAAGGUUGCGAGCAGAGCGGCUACAGAGGGAGGUGGAGGAGAAGCGGCGCUCCCAGGCAUUUCUGGACCAGAGGAGUGGGCUGGGGAAGGAGAGGGAGGUGGAGCGGGAGCUGGGGGACCGGGAGAGGCCCUACAACAGCGCCUACUUCCCCGAGCUAGCACGCAAGAGGCAGAGGAGGGACCGAGACCGGUACAGCUUCUUUUAGCUGUCGCACAGGCCAGUCACUUAUUCAGGAUUAAUUUACACGACGACUCAGACAGAGACCAUUUUAAGAUGAUCACCAAGAAAGGGCAUCGAUUGCUCCCUGCCCUCAGCUCACCCCUGCAGGCUUUCUCUGCCAGAGGAUAAUUGUUGAACUGUGGGCCAGUGGAGCUUGUGAGCAGACUGUCGGCAGCCUCUGUCUUAGUGAAGAGAAAAGGCUGGUCCAUCCACAGACUGAAGCCCAGAGCAGACGCUCGCAUCACGUUGCCUUUGUGACUGAGCCGAUUCCAGACAGACUUCGUUCUUGAGACUCCAGCGGGGAAUUAUGUUGGCACCUGACGUCAUUGCUGAACUCAAGACUGCUGGAAUUAAAGCUCUCAGUGGGAUAGCUCUCUCUGCAAUGUGUGCAUAGUGAGGAAACGGGAGCUGUUCUUAGGGACGUGUGUGUGUGUAAGCUGGGCGGUCUCCUGUGUGUCACUUCCACAGCAAUAACCAUCUGCUACAUUAGAAAUCCUGUUAGUGUUGAACUGUGCAGUCAUUUUGUACAUAAUGUUUUUGGAGUGUUUCAGAUGUAGCAUGAACUUCAAAAAAAUAAAAAUAUGAGGUCAUGUAA